GGUGACCUAUAAAUACAGUCUCAAUGGCGGGCUCAUCGGAGCAUAUCUAGAGUUCUCAAGAAUCCGAAGAGAAAGCUGUAGAUGCAAUGUCUGGGGAUAAACCCGGGCAUGCGAUUCCUCGAUUUGGAGAGGCUGAUCUUGGAUCUAGGCUGGAGACACCUACCGGAGCCGUUGGCCAUGGAGAGGGUACAUACAACAGACUUCAGACUCUCAGAUCCUCUGCUGUCGGGGCUCUCAAGCAUUCUCUUAAGGAAACAAAUGUCCGCCUUAAAUCAGUCCUUGGUCUGGAUUUCUUGCCAGGGCCAAACGGCCUCUGCAAAAACUGUACUCAGCUAGACCUCAACAAGCUGAUUUUUUCAGAAGAACUUACCAGGGGUUUACAGCUCGGCUCGGUGUUCUCAAUCAAACGGACAGCAAGAGAUUGUGGACUGUGCUGGCUUGUGAUAAGACACAUUCAAAAGUUGAAGUUGACAUUCGACGGCCUCCCAGAUUCCAAAAUUAAAUGCACUUUGGAUGGGUACCAGUACGGCUAUCAAGCACUGAACGUGGAAGGAGAAAGAAAGCGCAUCAUAAACCAUUUUUACAUUCGCUUCAAGUCCACCCAAGAAGAUCCACCCUAUACUGAGACAACCUACCUUACGCCGUUGACGUUGCGACCAUGCUCAUAUCCUCUGCCGAAGAUCGAAGACUUUUAUGAUUCUAAAGGAACAGAUCUACACCCGAGGCCGUUUGGAGCCCGCACCAUGAGGCCCAAUUUCGAUAUUGCCCUCUUACGAACGUGGCAGGCGACAUGCAAAAAUUGCCAUAGCAGCAAAUGUGAAAGCCCUGAAUGGCUGGGCGAAAACGAGUACCCGAGAAAGCUUCGACUGAUCGACGUAAUUGACAUGUGUGUGGUUGAUGCUCCGAUAAAUUGCAGCUAUUUUGCCUUGAGUUAUGUUUGGGGGCAAGAUAAUUCCAGACAAUCGACCCUUACCAAGGCGACAAUAAAUGCAAUGGCCAAAUUUGGCGGUAUCGGGCCAAAGCAAUAUAACUUACCUAAGACCGUAUCGGAUGCCGUUCGCCUGACAAGAGAAAUCGGGGAACGGUAUCUCUGGGUUGAUGCUCUAUGUAUCAUACAGGACGAUGAAGUCGACAUGGCAUUCCAAAUCGCACAAAUGGAUGUUAUAUAUGCUCGGGCGGCUCUUACCGUCAUCGCGGGAUUUGGAGACUCCUGUGAAGCUGGUCUCCCACACAUAUAUGGAAAACGAAGAGAUGUUUCCCUUGACCACAUCCAAAUAUCAGAGAAUUUUGGGUUGGCCAUGGAGCCAUACUUUGGGCCUUUCGAGAAACCGAUCGAACCUUGUCGUUGGAAACAUCGCGGCUGGACUUAUCAAGAGCUCCUCCUGUCGAAAAGAGCUGUGCUUUUCCUCAAGGACCAGGUCUACUGGAAAUGCGAAUGUAGCUUUUGGAUGGAAGAUUUCAGUAUGGAGCCUUGUGGGCUGAACGAGCCUGAAACUUUUGUUGACCUUGAGGAUUGCUUCCAGACAUUCCAGCCUGUUGCGACUGCGAAGUUCUGCCUUGGUCAAUUCCCUCAACUGGUGUGGAAUUACUGGCAUGACAGGGAGCUGACCUAUGCUGAGGACAUCAAGAAAGCAUUUGUCGGUAUUCAGAAGAGAAUGGAGUUUGUUGGCGGACUAACUUUCCACUGGGGCCUCCCCCGGGUGACAUUUGACAAAGCUCUCGCGUGGAUUAACAGCACGUCCGCUGAGCCCCGCGAGAUAUCUUCCCGAGUUGCACUUGAUGAUGGGUGCUAUUACGAGGUCCCGAUCCCUUCGUGGAGUUGGAUGGCGUGGAGUCCUUUGCCCUGUUAUUCACCCUCAACAUGGCCAGAGAAUGAUGAAGAGCCACUUCAGCCAGAGGAAUAUCGAGUGCUGGAAUUCUACAGCGUCUCGAUAGGUGGAAAAUAUGCGCCAAUCUCAAUUAUUAGACACCUUGAUGAGCACAAAGAGGAGAAGAUGGUGAACUGGCAUGAAACUAUCAAGAACUCUAGCAAGCCGGCACCUUGCUGGAUGGAAGACAACAGCAACGUACCAUAUGUUCUGGAAAGUCAAGAUUUUCACGAUUCUGGCCACAUCGCAUUCUGGACAAGCUGCGCGCGAGUGAGAAUUGGACGUAAUGUGGUGGAGUACAUGACUGAAAAAAAAUCAGAGAAGCACAAGUAUAUUAGUGAGCCUUUCGCCGUCGUAGACAGUCAGUCCAACUGCAUCGGAUACUAUAGUAACUACGGCGGUGUGUUCUUCCCAGAGGGUGGCUUCGACCUUGACCUCAUAGUCGUCACAAGGGAUCGUUGCUCGGAUGGACAAUUGGAGUUAAUGGAUGAUCUAAGCCUUGGUGAAGAAGAUACAGGUUCGAAGGGCGACAAGUAUGAUGUCGAUGUUAUGGAAGUAGAAUGGAUCGACCAAGCCAAAGGUAUCGCGAAGAAAAGAGCCGGCGGAGGAUGGAUCUAUGAAGGAACGUGGAUGCAGCUGGAUCGAGAGUGGAAGUUUGUGACAUUGCACUAGAAUAAUAAUAAAAUCAAGGGAUUGUGCUGGUAACAAUGGUG